GCAAAUGUCCAACAGCAGCUCCAUCAGCCACUUCCUCCUGCUGGCACUGGCAGAGACGCGGCAGCUGCAGCUCCUGCACUUCUGCCUCUUGCUGGGCAUCUCCCUGGCUGCCCUCCUGGGCAACGGCCUCAUCAUCAGCGCCGUAGCCUGCGGCCACCACCUGCACACGCCCAUGUUCUUCUUCCUGCUCAACCUGGCCCUCAGUGACCUGGGCUCCAUCUGCACCACUGUCCCCAAAGCCAUGCACAAUUCCCUCUGGGACACCAGGAACAUCUCCUACACAGGAUGUGCUGUUCAAGUUUUUAUGCUUAUCUUCUUCCUUAGAACAGAGCUUUCCCUCCUGACCAUCAUGUGCUACGACCGCUACGUGUCCAUCUGCAAACCCCUGCACUACGGGACCCUCCUGGGCAGCAGAGCUUGUGCCCACAUGGCAGCAGCUGCCUGGGCCAGCGCCUUUCUCAAUGCUCUGCUGCACACGGCCAAUACAUUUUCCCUGCCCCUGUGCCAUGGCAAUGCCCUGGGCCAGUUCUUCUGUGAUAUCCCACAGAUCCUCAAGCUCUCCUGCUCCAAAUCCUAUCUCAGGGAACUUGGGCUUCUUGCUGUUAGUGUGUGUUUGGUAUUUGGUUGCUUUGUAUUCAUUGUUUUCUCCUAUGUGCAGAUCUUCAGGGCUGUGCUGAGGAUCCCCUCUGAGCAGGGACGGCACAAAGCCUUUUCCACCUGCCUCCCUCACCUGGCCGUGGUCUCUCUGUUUGCCAGCACUGCAGCGUUUGCUCACCUGAAGCCCCCCUCGCUGUCCUCCCCAUCCCUGGAUCUGUCAGUGUCAGUUCUGUACUCGGUGGUGCCUCCAGCCCUGAACCCCCUCAUCUACAGCCUGAGGAACCAGGAGCUCAAGGCUGCAGUGAGGAGACUGAUGACUGGAUGCUUUCAGGAACAUUAAACUGCUGGCCAAUUUCGGCAAAUCAUUUGUAGUCAAAGUCAUCUUUUAUACAUCUUGUUGGUUUCAUUUUGGGGGUUCUAUUCCUUUGUUUUAGUUUUUCCAUGUUGUCCAAAAAGAACUAUCAUUUUUAGUACCAUUUCUCAUUUUGUUUCUCUCCACAUUCCCUGUGGCCACAGACUGUGUCAAUGAGGGGCUGUGCUCUCCGUGUCUUUAAAGGAACUCAAGGAUCUCCCAGCACAGUUUUCAGCAGAGAUGCCCUUUUGUUGCCUUCUCUGGAGCUGCAGCAGCAAUGUCUGUGUGCAGAGCUGGGGGCAGAUCAGUGCUGGCACAGCAGCUGUGCCCAGCAGCAGCAGCAGCACUUGGUGUUGCCAGUGCUGCUCCCGUGGCCCUGCCCCGCUGCCCUGGUGGCCCUGGUGUUGCUGCAGGGCCUGAGUGCUCUCGGGGCCGGGCACAGUCCUGG